AUGUCUGCUCCGACGCCUUCAUCGGGACAGAGAGUGGUGUUUACGGGUGGUUCUGGGGUAGCAGGCCGCCACGUAAUAUCCUACCUCCAAUCCCAUGGCCACACAAUCCUUAACGUCGACACCGUGCCCCUCCCCUCCCAUACCAACACAUCCAACCCCCCAAUCCACACCCUCAAAGCCGACCUAACCGACGGCGCACAAGCCUUCAACUCCCUUUCCAGCCACUUCACCAUCUCCGAACCCUUCCCCAGCGCGCCCCAGUCCCCCACCGCUGUCGUCCACUUCGCAGGCAUCCCGCAACCCAUGCGUGUCCCGGACAACGAAACCUUCCGCAUCAACACCCUCUCCGCGUACAACAUCCUCGAAGCAGCGUGUAAACUCGGCAUUCGCAAGAUUAUCCUCGCGAGCAGUCUAACAUGCUACGGUGUCACGUACGCCGAAGGCGACGCAGACUAUGCCGAGUUUCCCAUCACAGAGACGACGGCAACAACCCCCAGCGACGUCUACGCCACCAGUAAACUCUGCAUGGAAACGCUUGCCGCAAGUUUCGCAAGACGGUUUCCUGGGACCGAUAUUUACUGUUUGCGUAUUUCGGCGGUUAUCGAGCCGGAGCGGCAUGAGGAGAAGUUUAGAAAUUAUAUGAUGUAUCCCGAGAGGUUCAAGGUGCAUGCGUGGAGUUAUACUGAUGCAAGGGAUUUGGGGGGGAUGGUGGAUGCUUGUUUGAAAAAGGACGGGUUGGGAUAUCAGGUUUUUAAUGCGGUUAAUGAUGAGAGUACUGUGCAUGAGAGGGAGGGGGGUAUCGAGGAGUGGUUGGGGAGGAUGUGUCCAGGUACGAAGAUUACAAGGAGCAUGGGGUGGAGGGAGAGUCCGGUUUGUAAUUGGAAGAUGAAGGAGAUGCUGGGGUGGAGGGAGGAGUUUGGGUGGAGGAAGGUGCUUGACGGGGUGGGGUGGGUUGAUGAGGUGGCGCAGGGAAAGAAGAGCUGA